CCCAAGUCUAAAGACAUGAAGUUUCCUUCAUUCUCCAUUCUACUACUACUCUCUGUGCUUUCUCAAUUACUUCAAUGUUGGUGCCAACAAGUAUACCUCAACCAAACUAACUUCGACUGCUCCGGCAACCGCUCGUCAGAAGGAUAUCUCUGCAACGGCCUCCAAAAGUCAUGCGCCUCCUUUGUGACUUUCAGAUCCAGACCUCCUUUUGAUACUCCUCUAGCCAUUGCUAGUCAUCUUGGCUCUGAAGCAUCUUCCAUAGCCUCCCUCAACAACAUCUCAAAUGCCAACAAAAUUCCUUUCAAUCAAAUUGUGAUAGUGCCUAUCGACUGUUCGUGUUUGGGCAAUAUCUACCAACAUGCCGCUUCUUAUGCCUUGGAGGCAGGUGACACCUAUUAUUCUGUUGUCAACAUUACUUAUCAAGACCUCGCCAUUUGUCAGAUGUUAGUACGUCGAAAUAAUUACAGUGCUGACUUUCUUCUAGUGGGUGCCCAGAUUACAGUUCCUGUGUUAUGUGCUUGUCCCACUACUAACCAGAUCUCAGAUGGGGUCUCCUCCUUGCUUGUUCACACACUUGACAAUGGGGAUUCACUAGAGUCAGCCUCACAGGCCUACGGUGUGGAUCAACAGACUCUACUGACCUCUAACCUGUUGCCUUCAAACGCAAUCAUCCCUCCCUUGACCCCUUUCUUAGUUCCACUCAAUCCCUCCUCUUGCAAGCUCAAUCCACAUAUGUUCUACUGCACUUGUUCAUUCUCCCAGAGAUACCUUUCAAACUCAAGUUACAGCACUCUCAAUUGUGAUCGUCCUCAAUCACAUCGUUUCCCCCUCAAACUGGUUGCCUCCUUAGGUGUUGGAAUUGGUUCUUCAUUUUUAUGCUUGUUUCUUUUGGGUUACAAGUUACAUCAAUACCAAAAACAAAAGCAAGAAAGAGUUCGUAAAGAAAAAUUGUUCAAGCAAAAUGGUGGCCUCUUGCUACAAGAGAAGAUGUCAUGCAAUGGAAACAGCGAGAAAGCAAAACUUUUUACAGAGGAGGAGCUGGAACGAGCAACAGAUAACUACAAUGAAAGUAGGUUUCUUGGUCAAGGUGGAUAUGGAACCGUUUAUAAAGGAAUGUUACCAGAUGGCAGCAUUGUCGCAGUUAAGAAGUCAAAAGAAAUUGUGAGAAACCAGAUCGAGACUUUCAUUAACGAAGUGGUGAUUCUAUCCCAAAUGAACCACAGGAACAUUGUCAAACUCAUGGGUUGGUGCUUAGAGACUGAGGCCCCAUUAUUAGUAUAUGAAUUUAUUCCCAAUGGAACCCUUUCUCAUCACAUCCAUAACCAGGAACUCGAAGCAAAGCUUUCAUGGGACAACCGUCUCAGAAUUGCUUGUGAGGUUGCAGGAGCACUGGCCUAUAUGCAUUCUGCAGCUUCUAUUCCCAUCUUCCAUAGAGACAUCAAAACUCCCAACAUACUAUUGGAUCACAAUUACAGUGCCAAAGUGUCUGAUUUUGGGACUUCCAGAUCAGUCCCAAAUGAUAGGACUCACUUAACCACAGUGGUGCAAGGCACUUUUGGGUACAUUGAUCCUGAAUACUUCCAGUCCGGUCAAUUCAUAGAUAAAAGUGAUGUAUACAGUUUUGGGGUCGUACUUGCAGAGCUCAUUACUGGAAGGAAACCCAUUACCUUCUCAGAAGAAAAUGAGGGUCAAAACCUUGUUGCAGAAUUCAUUUCUUUGAUGAAAAAGGAUCAAAUUUUUAAGAUUUUAGAAGCUAGAUGUGUUCACGAAGGAAGGAAAGAUGAUCUUCUUGGAAUUGCAAAUCUUGCAAAGAGAUGCUUGAGACUGAAUGGGAAGAAGAGACCCACAAUGAGAGAGGUUUCAGCAGAGCUAGAAGUAAUGAGAAAGACACAAAAUACCUUGAAAAUCAUUGAACGUUCUCUUGAGUUUCCUCAUGAUGUCAGAUCAGCUCAGCAUGGCACUACUUCUGAAUCAGACCAAGAUUUCACAGGAGAAGGCAUGUCAUUGUUUUUCCAAAAAGAUUAUAGAUCCAUCUGA